CAAAAGGAUGGAAUUCAAAAUCAAGAAAAAUGUAGCUGAAGACAUAAUCAGCAACUUACCUGAUUGCAUCCUUCAUCACAUCCUCUCUUUCAUUCCCACAAAACAUGUGGUUACAAUGUCAGCUCUAUCAACAAAAUGGAGAGACAUUUCCAAUCUCCAUUUGACCCACACAACCAACUUAGACUUUGGUGAAGAAUUCAUGAAAGGCCAAUCUCAAUCAGAGUUCACCGAAAACCUCAACAAAAUCCUCGCCCUCCAUGUUGCCAAGAAGAUCGAGAAAUUUCACAUUUUGUUUGAUCCAACCGAUAUGUUCCAGCUCGAAACCAAAGAAUGGAUCCAAAUUGCUACUUCAAGGGGUGUGAAGGAACUCAAUCUUGACUUCCGCAGAGAACUAUCUUACAACUUUGACAACAAACUUCAUUCACCAGAGAAGAUAGUUACGCUGCCAAAUUUUUUGUUUGACUGCAAAUCGCUAACUCAUUUGAGUUUGAGCCAUUGUGAUUUAGGCCUUCCUGAAAAAUUUUCAGGCCUUCGACAUCUUCAAACUCUGUGUCUGCGUAACAUUCAUAUCUUACCGAGCCAGCUUCAGAAUCUGCUCUCCCAAUGCCAACUUCUCGAAAGCCUGGUUUUGGGGGAAUGUGAUCAUCUCUAUUACAUCAAGAUUCUGGCUUCAUGUUUUCGCCUGAAAUACUUGUCACUGUUCAAUUGUUUGAAUGCUAAUGAGAUUGAGAUUUCUGCACCAAACAUACGUCGAUUUUUGUUAUGUCGGACAGUUAUGGAUAUCUUCACAUUCAAUAAUAUUUGCCAUUUGUUAGAAGAAUUUCCGGUUACUUUCCACAACUUGCUAGAAUUGCAACUGGUGAAUCGCCCGGGACGAUAUGAUAUAUUCAGCGCCGACAUCUAUCUAUUCUUUAAACAUUGCAGCUGUCCUCUGCUAGAGAGCCUCUCCAUAGAACUCCCCCAUCCUCCUCCAGAGUGUGUGCAUCAUUCCCGCCUAGAAUCUGCAAGGCCAAAAGUAGAGUCUGUGGAUUGCGAUUUUAAUCAUCUCAAGACUAUCAAGAUAAGUAAUUUCAAGGGCACUGAUACUGAAAUCAACCUGAUUAUAUUUUUCCUGGAAAAAGCUAUUUCCCUGGAAUCUUUGGUCGUGGUUGGUUCGCAGAGUUAUCAUUCAACUGAUAAGGAAAAUCCAAUGAAUAAAUCGCUUGAAGAUAUCAGAGAAAGGCUCUUCCAAUUGCCUAAGGCAUCACUGAAUAUCCAGAUAGUAUUUUGCGAAUAUUCAGAGCAUGAUGAUAUUAGUUUAACAUGCCUUGAAAAGCAUGAUAUAGCCAAUCAGACUCAUCAACUUCCAUCAUAUUUUGAGUUUGAUUAACCCGCCACCAUUGAAAACACUUCGGUUUCUAAAUUCAUCAAGUUUCCUUUCUGUCAUUCUUCUUUCUUUUGUCUUUUCAUUUAUUUUCUUUAUUUUUUUUUGUUUUGGUUUUUGUCAAUUUUAGUUUGAAAGGGUUUGUAUGUGUUGGUUUUUCUGUUUUUGUCUUUGGUUUGAAAGGCUAUGAAUAAAUAUUUGGCAGUGAUAUAUCAG